AGGAGCCGAUGCAAACGCCCAGGGUGGACAGUACGGAAAUGCCCUCCAGGCUGCUUGUUCUAAAGGACACGAUAAGAUUGCACAGAUGCUGCUAGAGCGAGGAGCCGAUGCCAACGCCCAGGGUGGACAGUACGGAAAUGCCCUCCAGGCUGCUUGUUCUAAAGGACACGAUAAGAUUGCACAGAUGCUGCUAGAGCGAGGAGCCGAUGCCAACGCCCAGGGUGGAUACUACGGAAGUG